AUGCAAACAAAUACAACACAUCAUGUAUUAAAUAAUCAUGCAUGGCUUCAAUUUAUAAAAUUAUCUACAAAUCAAAAUAAUAAAUCUUUUUCUGCUAUUAUAUUAACUGGUUGGUCACGUUUUGAUCAUUUUAUGCCAUUAUGUGAUUUAUUACCAACAGCUUAUCAAUCUCUUAUCAAUAGUUUAUGUAUAUUAAAUACAGGAAAAUGUAUUCUUCAUGAUUAUAUGAAUGAUUGUUAUGAAUUAAUGAAUUCAAUUGGAGAAGAUUCACAAUUAUGUCAAUCAUUACCAGGUUAUAAAAUAGUUUCGAAAGAUAAAAAGAAAAAUAUUCGUAUAACUUUUAUGAAACAUGAUUUAAAAAGGCUGAUGAAGUACAGAGCUAGAAAAGCAGUUCAUGAAGCAGAUAGGUGA